AAGAGCCGUUUAUGUCUAACGUGUUUUCUUUUUACGAUGAACUUAUUUGUUUAAAAUGAAUAGAAUAUAUAUGAUUAUCCAAAUAGAAAUGAAUUAAAGAACAGUUUAUAUUCUGUCCGUUUAAAGUUUUUUCAUCUGCCCUCAUUUUUAGAAAUACGUAAUCAGUUUUUAUGAUAUGUGGUUUGUUGUCGUUUAUUUUAACGUGUAAUGUUUUACUGAUGUUUCUUAAAUUUGUGUGAAUUUUCGUUACGCAAAAAUUUUUAAGAGAGAGUUGUAUUGUAGUUUUACCGAAAGUCUGAUUAAAGAUGCGUGGGAAAAAGAAGAAAACAGAAAAAAUAAUUUAUGUUUUUCCUGAUGAAAUUUUGAAUUACGUGAAAAGUGAAGGAAACUAUUGUGAUAUCUUAAAACAUAUCCAAGAUCUCAUGUUUGCUGCAGAUGGCAUUAAUCAAAUGAAUGCUUUGAAAGAGGUAUACAGAAUUUUAUCUUCAAAAAUUAGUGAUUUAACUCUUCUUGAAAUGCUGCUUGAAAUACUGUGCACCAUGUUUUACCAGUCACCUUUGAAAAGCUCACAUAAAAAGGCUGUGCAUAGAAUUCUUCUGGAAUUAUCUGAAACAUAUCCUGAGAAGUUAACAACUUUGUUGAAAGAAAGUUUGGAACUGAAUAUGACAACAUCUGCAACUUUCUCUGUGAAGGAAACAGACAAAAAUGUUAAUUGUAUUUUGGGUCUUUUGGAUAAUUUACCAAUAGGGAAGAAGGUUAUUAAUGAGCACUUUUUGUUUGUUUGGAAAACCACAAGCGAUAUUCUUAUUGCUGUUCUAAAUUUUUUAAGAGUCGAAAACAGUCUUCAGAAAACAACAGAAUUAUAUUCUCUUUGUCAGUCAGUAUUGAAAAUGAUUAUUCUUAUGUUUCAAAAUUGUAAGAAGAAUUUAUUCACACAAUAUAAAGAAGAUAUAAAUUUUACUUCAGCAUCAGAAAAUAUAAAAAAAUCUCUGGAUGAUCUACUAAUGAGUGAUAAGACAUUCUUAAACUGCCGUUUGAAUGCUGCCAUUGCAUGGUGUUAUUUCAACUAUUUUUGUGAUAAGAAGGAAUUUAAGAUGGAAAUUCUUUCUGAAGAAGAUAGUUUUCAAGCUUUUAAGAAAUUUCCAUGUUCUUCAUGUCUUUGCAUUUUCAGUGGUAUCAUGGCUGUCUUUCCUCCCAAUGAAUUUAUUAUGAAAUCUAGUAGUUUUUGUAUAGUUGACAAAAUAGUACAUGAGGUACUUAAUAUUUCUAAAAGUGCUAAUGAUCCGGAACUACUGUUAUUAUGUGUCCGUGAUCUGAUUCAGUGGACAAAUGUCUUGGGAAAUAUACUGAGUUCUACUAGCAGUCAGGUAAUAGAUGCUGAAAGAAUUAAAGAAUUAAGAUACAUGCUGUCAGAAAAUAAGAGCCUUAUGAAAUUACUUUUUGAAUAUAUUGUGCAUCACAGAGAGCAUUUUAUCGAUAGUUUGCGGCAUUUAUGUAGAGAUUUGUUUAAAAGUCUCCUCAACCUGCAUAUUUUAAUUAUUGAUAUCGAAGCAUGCCAAAGUCCAUUGAUAAAGGAACUGGCACUUUUCUUGUUAAAAGAAUUACCAUAUCAUAACCGUGGCAAGUAUGGUUUGGUAAGUUGCAUUGUUGAAAUAAUUGGAACUGAACAAAUUCUCAUUUGGCAUCCAUCAUUACCAGAAGAAUUGUAUAAAGCAUUAACAGAAGUCAGUCUUGUCACCCAUAUUUCUGAUGUUUGUGAAAGCCUCUUUAAACAUUCAUCUGCAGAUGAACUGAACUUUCAGCAUGUUUGGCUGAAUCCCCUUUUAAAAUGUUUGUGCUCUGGAAGUAAAGAACAAAUGAUUGCUGUGGAUGAACAUAUUUUUCCUAAACUUCUGAAAGUCAAGCCAUUUUCAAUACAUUUCUUAAUGUCUGAAUUAUCCUACAUGUGGGAAAAUAAUAUUGGAAACUGCUUUAGUGCCUUAAUCGCUUGUGUAAAAUUUUCUGAAAAGCUCAAAAUUUCCAAAAGUAAUGAGAUGUUAUCAACUGAAAUUUUAAUGAAAGCAUUGUGUCAUGCUGAUGAUCAGAUACGCCUCUCUGCUUUUUCAUUAUUGUGUGAAACUCAAAAAACAACUGCUCCUGUUCCUUUUGAAACACUGAAAUUAGUUAAAUUUAGCCUCCCACGUAACAUCAACUGUCAGUCUCCAUCGUUCAGGCAGCAGCUAAUUUCUUAUAUGAAGAAGUUAUUUUUUCGAAUAGCUGAGAGCAGUUAUGCUCUGAAGAAGAAAGAGACAUUAAAUGCAGUUGAGUAUAACAAUGCUUCAAGCAUCCUAAGAAAUUAUGAGGACUUUCUGUGUUGGUUAAAGCAGUAUCUCUAUUCAUGCUUGCAUCCUGGUGCAAAUUUCCCAUGUCGUGUGACAACUUUGAAUCUCCUCUUUCUUCUGAACUCAAUUCUUCACCAGUCAGUAUGUUUAAUUGAUUCUAAAACUGCUGCAGAAACUCUACUGUAUGCUCUUCAAGACACUUAUGAGAAUAACAAAUUGCUAGUGAUGAAAAUUCUUUCAUCCAGCAAAAUUUCUUCCACAUAUUUAGAGGAUGAGAGGUUUAGGAAGUCUCUAUUCCAAACAGCUUUAAUCCUUGCUUCAAGUGCUAAACCACCAGAUACUGUUACUGCAGCUUAUAUGUAUGCCUUUAUGGUGCAGUGUGAUAAUUUUUAUUCAUUGGUAUUUGAUUAUUUGUUAUAUUUAAUAAAAAUGGGUUUUUGUCCUUUACAAUUUGAGAAAGAAAGUGUGGAUAAAAUAGAUUCUUCUACUUUGUUUAUUACAAUUUUAAUGCUGAUGUGUGAGCUAACUAAGCAGUUAGAACUUGCCCUAGAAAAUUUACUGGAAGCUGCUAUUCGGGCUCCAUUAUAUGGAAUUUUGACUUGUAUUCGAAGUGUUCUAUGUCAGGUGAAAUUCAGCAAUAUUAAAGAUACUUACUCAUUAAAACAGUGGCAUGAUUUGAUACUGGAGUUGAUUACAUUAAGUAUUAAAGUUGCGAGCUCAGUUGAACCUGUUGUAUGCAAUUCUUCUCCUGAAGGGCAUUUGCCUAUGGAUGCUGACCACGAAAAUAUUAUACAACUUCAAGCUGCUGUUCGUAGAGCAAUUGGAUGUCGAUUUCAAUCUGCUUUAGUUCAACCAUCAGAACAAUCUUCAAACGGUGGUCUUCAAGUGGAUGAUGCAGUUGUUUUAGAUUUUGUAAAAACCCAUGCAGUGACAGCACAGAUGUUACUCCUUUGUUGUUGGCGAACCCAUAAAGAAAUUUCUCUGCUUUUUGGGGAAAUAGCUGAACUAGUUCCUAUUUUCCUUCCUGAAGUUAGCAAUGAAAAUGGCAUUUUAAAUGCAACUCAGGUUGAAAAAAUUGGCGAGUAUUUUACUCGCCAGAUGAGCUUGGUAAAACACAAGGGGGCAUUUGAACAAGCAUAUAUUGGCUUCAGCAAGUUAUGUGGUAAGCUUUGGAGAUCACCUUUUCUGAAACUUCAAGAAUUGCCAAAAGUGUGGUUAGGGGACCUUUUGCUAGCAAUUAGAGGAUUAAAAGAAAACAUACAGUUGUGUCCAACAAGAAGAAGUGCAGGUCUUCCUUUUAUUAUUCAAGCUUUGUUAGCAUCUGAACCUGGAAUUGGAAACUCAUCAUUUCUUAAGGAAACUAUGUCUACUUUCCUCAGUCUUGCUGACGAUGAAAACCAAAAUAAUUCUGAUGCACAGGUUCAUGCUUUAAACAUAUUAAGAGCUUUGUUUCGAGAUGCAAAUCUUGGAGAAGUGGUAAUGCCUUUUGUAUCUCAAGGAUUGAAAAUAUCUGUUUUAGGUUUCAAGUCUCCUCUUUGGGCAGUACGGAAUUCCUCAACUUUACUGUUUAGUGCAUUAAUGAUUAGAAUAUUUGGUGUUAACCGAUCCCAUGAUGAGGCUGGGAAGAAAAACAGAUUAACUGGGAAAGCAUUCUUUUCAAAUUAUAAAGAUAUGUAUUUUUUCCUGCAUGAUGAAUUGGAGCAGUGUGUGCUCUCAUUUAAUCAGAGUAACACAAGAAGUAUCUCUACUGAGCCCACUAUGUAUCCAAUUCUUCUGAUACUCGGAAGACUUUACCCAGCUGCUGGAGAAUCUGAUCCACGUUUAGCAUCUUUCAUUCCUCUUCUCUGUAAAUGUGCUUGUAGUCCUGUGUGGAAGACUAGAAUUUUGUCAGCAAAAGCUUUAGUUCCUCUGAUUUCAAUUGAAAAUGUAACUGCUACUCUCCAAUCUCUGUUUUGUUCUAUACCCUCUGAUGCAGAAAUAAAUUUUAGCAACAAUAUGAUUCAUGGAUUAUUACUGCAAAUUUUAUAUAUAUUGAAAGAAUGUUUAAAUAUUCCAUCUUUUCAAAGGAAAGGUUUGGAAUGCAAUUUGCAGUUGUGGAUUUCAUCACAUUUUGAUGUAAUGCUGAGAUCAAAUGCAUGUUACAGCAUCAGAGCUGCAUUCAUGGAAAUUUUAAUCAUUGUAAUGAUGUUAAAUAUUGUGCCACUGGAUUUCUAUUUAAUGAGAAGAGUGCUGGAUGCUAUAUUAACAGAACUUGAAAUAAUUUCUAUUAUUCCUGACAAAGAUCAUUAUUUAACGUUUGCUGUUGUGUAUAUACUAUUUCAAAUGAUUCAGCUACAAAAUAUAUCAUCAUCUAAUAUGCCUUUAUGCACAGAUACUGAACACAGAGUAACAAGUGAAAUGAAAUGCCAGAAUGAGAUUAGUGCUUCUGAGCUUUCGACUUUAAUUUUAAAAUUUUUAGAAUGUGAUGUUGAAGUUGUAAGAUACACAACUAUCCAGUUAUUGACAUGGAUCUGUCAGGAUGGCUGCUUUUUCCCUAUGCGUGUUUUAGAUUCUUCUGCUGAUAAUAUUUUCUUAAGAGAUUUAUCAAACUCUGUUUCUAUGUUAAUAGAGAAAUAUAAAGUCAUAGGAUGUGAAUCUCUUCAAAAUGUUAACUAUUGUGAAAGUAUUACAAAAAUUUUAGGAAAAGAGUCAAAUUUGUCUUACAUUGGAAAGAUUUAUGAGCUUAUGUGUGUAACUCCAAGUGCUGUGACUGAAGUUUGGGAAUUUAUUCAUGGACGACAUAAUUCUCAUCAAAUAAAUAAGUUAGAAUAUAUCCUGUCCCAUUUAAAAGCAUGCAGAAGAGACGAUGUUUCCUGCUACAUACUGUUGUUUUCUGCGCAACUUGUCCUAGACAUAUGUUCUGGCUUAGACACGAAUGCUGAAAAGGAAGAAUCAUUAAGUGUCGUUGAAAAGUGGAUGCUAUUAAUAGAAGAAUUUUCUCAACCUGAAAACAGCGUGUUAAAAAGACAAGCAGUUGUUUCAACUUUGAGCGUUCUCAGUGAAUCAUCAUUAUUUAAAUCAAGUAUACUAGGAUCUAGAACCUCAUAUUUAUGGCAGGCUCUUCUGAAUCUACUGAUUGAUGAUGAACCUGAAAUUAAAAAUUCAGCUUCUAAAAUUGUUGCUUCUAUAAAAGGCAGUGAAUUUUCUGAUACAAGAAUUUUAUGUUUUGUUCCCUGUGUUGCUCUGGAUGAUAUGAUGGUAUUGUUCUUGAAAGCAAAUUCUGCUUUGCCAAGUUACUGCAUCAGUAUGCUUCUCAACUGGAUGCUUUCUUGUCAGAUGGACUCUUUUGACAACAUGAGAGAUGAGCAACCAUUUGACAAAGGAGAAAUGAAUGUUUUUGCAGAAGAUCUAUUAAUUACAAAACUUGCAUCAAAACAUAUAUCUGAGUACUUUAAUUCCUUGAAGGAAGAUGAAUGUUUUAUCUUAACUGAUAAAAUAUCUUGUUGGAAAUCUCAGACACAGAAGACACAAUAUACUUUAAGUGAUGCUUUGAAUUUUUGUGUUUCAGAUGCAAAUGCAAUUGCUGAGCAUAUUAUUAAUCGCAAAGUAUUAUCUCCGUUUAUAGAUAGUCUUUUUGAACAGGACAUUGUUCAGAUAUGUCAGCGAAUUCAAGCUAUAAUUAGUCUUGUUCCUUUCUCAAAAACAUUGUCGGGUUUCAAAAGCCAAGCAAAGAAAUUAAUAGAAAGUAUUGAAAAACUUAAUUAUAGGACGUUUUAUUUUGAUAGUGUUCUAAGUAAGUUGCAUCUCUGUAUAGAAGCAAUUAAUGAUUGACUGUUUUUCCCUGAUUCUAAUUUUAAAUAAAGAAUAUAUUUUUACAAAGAA